AGAGGUGUUGGCAGUAGCGAGAGAAGCCCCUUUGGCGAGCGCUGCGCUCUCCCUCCGUGUGAUCACCAGCGAGUGCGAGGGCGAUGCAGACUGCGUUCAUGUGGGAAAAGGGUGGAUCUUAGUCUGGGACGGAAGCUAGAAGAGCGAGGCUAGAACCUGUUGCAUCGUUCUCUGCCGAUCCUGGAGCGAGAAGAAAUGCAUUUGGUGGUUUUGUUGUGAUAGAUUUGCUUACCCUAUUUCUACAAUUGGAUCAGCAGGGAACCAGCUGGGUUCUGGAGUGUAGUAUCUGUCUGGGUGUCGAAUUGAGCUCCUAUCUUCUGGUUGCGCCUUGCUGUGUAGUUCUCUUCAUUGUUUGAUUGUGACAGUUCUGUGCACAAAGAAGUGCACAGGGCAGAAGCUCGUUUGGAUCUUUAAAUUUAUUGAUCGAGAGAGUUGGAGACCAUCUGGAAUUGUCUUGCUCAUGCUCACAUUUGACAAUUUGAUGAAAGAAUCGUCCAUGAAGCAAACGGACAAGUGCCUGGACUCCCAAUUAUGGCAUGCCUGUGCUGGUGGUAUGGUUCAGAUGCCAGUGGUGAACUCCAAGGUCUACUAUUUUCCUCAGGGUCACGCUGAGCACGCCCAGGAAUUUUCUGAGUUUGGCAACUCCCAGCGGAUUCCACCCCUUAUACCUUGCCGUGUGACCGCUGUUAAAUUCAUGGCUGAUUCAGACACUGAUGAGGUAUUUGCUAAGAUCUGCAUGGUUCCUCUGAGGCCAAACGAAUCAGAUUAUGCUGAAGAUGAUGACUUAGGUCUUGGUAUCAAUGGUGUUGACUCACAAGAAAAACCGGCGUCUUUCGCGAAAACACUAACUCAAUCGGAUGCCAACAAUGGUGGCGGCUUCUCUGUUCCUCGCUAUUGUGCUGAGACAAUCUUCCCACGUUUGGACUAUUCAGCUGAGCCCCCUGUGCAGACUGUCCUUGCAAAGGAUGUGCAUGGCGUAAUUUGGAAAUUUAGGCACAUAUACAGGGGCACGCCUCGCAGGCAUCUGCUCACUACUGGGUGGAGUACUUUUGUCAACCAAAAGAAAUUAGUUGCAGGGGAUUCAAUUGUGUUCUUGAGAACAGAGAAAGGGGAUCUUUGUGUGGGAAUACGCCGAGCUAAAAGGGGUGGGAUUGGUGGAGGUUCAGAGAUCCAUUCAGGAUGGAAUCCACCAAAUGGGAGUUCAGCAUCCAACUACGGAGGUUUCUCUAUCUUUCUCAGGGAGGAUGAAGGUAAAUUAAUGAGGGGAAAUGUGAAUAGUGGUGGUAUGAGGAUGAGUGGAAGGGUGAGAACUGAUUCUGUAACUGAAGCAGCAACUCUUGCAGCUAGUGGACAACCUUUUGAGGUUGUGUACUAUCCCAGAGCAAGCACACCAGAGUUUUGUGUGAAAGCUGCAUCAGUAAAAGCAGCAAUGAGGAUCCAGUGGUGUCCUGGUAUGAGAUUUAAGAUGGCCUUUGAAACUGAGGAUUCUUCUAGGAUUAGUUGGUUCAUGGGAUCUAUAUCUGCUGUUCAGAUUGUAGAUCCCAUACGAUGGCCUAAUUCGCUUUGGAGACUUCUACAGGUGACAUGGGAUGAACCAGAUUUGUUACAAAAUGUAAACCGUGUAAACCCAUGGUUGGUUGAACUGGUCUCAAACAUGCCUUCCAUUCAUCUGGCACCUUUCUCUCCAAGGAAAAAGCUCCGCAUUCCCCAACAUCCUGAUUUUCCUCUAGAGGGCCAACUUUCAACACCCAUGUACCCCGGGAACUCUUUUGGUCACAGCACAAGUCCUUUAUGCUGUUUCCGAGACAGUACCCCUGCAGGCAUACAGGGAGCCAGGCAUGCCCAAUUUGGUAUAUCUUUAUCAGAUCUCCACAUUAACAAACUGCAGACAGGAUUAUUCCAUGCUGGAUUUCACCACCUUGAUCGCACCACCUCAGUUCCUAGAAUUUCGACUGGACUCAUUGUUAAUACUCCUGCCACUGACAACAAUAUCUCUUGUUUGCUAACGAUUGGAAAUAAUUCCAAGAGCACAAGAAGCUCCUUGAACACUAAACCUCCACAACUAGUGCUUUUUGGGCAGCCAAUACUGACUGAGGAGCAGAUAUCUCUGAGCAACUCAGGAGAAAUUGUGUCACCUAAGGCCACCGUAAACAGUUCUGAUCAGAAUAUAGAGAAAUCGUCGAAUGCAUCAGAUAGUAAUGACUUUGCUACAAAUAAGAAUGUGGUUCCUGUCAAUUCAUCCUGUGAUGGAUUCCAAUGGUACAAAGACCAUCGUGUGUCAGAGCUUGGCCUGAAAACUGGGCAUUGCAAGGUUUUCAUUGAGUCAGACGAUGUCGGCCGCACCCUUGAUCUUUCCAUAUUUGGUUCGUACGAAGAACUUUAUGGAAGGCUGGCUGAUAUGUUUGGAAUUGAAAAAACUGAGAUGAUGAGCCAUGUGAUUUACAAGGACGCUGCUGGUGCAGUUAAACACACAGGAGAUGAACCCUUCAGUGACUUCAUGAAAGCAGCAAGAAGGCUCACAAUAUUGACAGAUUCAGGCAGCGACAACAUUGGAAGAUUGGUAGUACCUGGACCACUCAACGCAAACUUGCAGUGCUGCAGUUGAUUCACAAAACUCUCCAGAGCUGCACGAAGCGAUCCCGUUGAAUCUCUGUCUGUUCGUCGUGUGUGGGAAAAAAACAAGUCGAGCAGAUGCCAGGAUUCUCCUCUUUGCUCAUGUGGCAAUUCCAUGACUUAGUUUACUUUAGAAAAAAAAACAAAUGUACACCUCAAGGUGCUUCGAUUGCACACUAGUGCAGGGAUUGUUGACAAUGUAAUAAUAUCUACCCAGUUAAGAUGCUGACCACUGAAUUGUUUCUUAAUUAUAUAGUACAAAUUGGCUAGGUGGUUGAGUUUUCUGUACUCCAGAGUAUGAUUGCCUUCUAACCAUUUGAUUAAUCUAAUUGCCAGUCACCACCAA